GUCCGCUUCCGUCAUCAUGGCCUCCGAACACCGGGCUUCCACCAACUUGCCCGAUGACGAGCCCAAUCCGGGCCCCAUUGGGUCGGGCCUGAGUGUUCUGGGCGAAGACGCUUUCUUACAAGCAUCCAAUGCCACACCAGACCUGGCAGUUGAAUCGAAACAGUUCGUCGUCUCCGAUGGUCCUUCUUACUUCUCCGACGUCGCGACCAACUCACCGGCCGCCACUUCGUCCGUUGCCUCUCCUUCCACGCCUGCUCAGGCGGCUAGAGAAGCAAAAUCAGGACGUGAAUUACUGCGUCGAUUAAGUCUGGUUGGCACGCCCACGUUGUCAGACAUGGAUCCCCGUGAGCAGUACCCGGGCUUGCACCUCACCGGUCGAAUUAUUAGUGCUGCCUUCUGUGUUCCGUACAAACUCUACAUGCGAUCCGGUUCAGACUGGGAAUUGAAACCGCGCCCCGGAACAUCUGCCCUGUUUGACUCUCUGGCCUAUCUCGGCUCUCAGGACUCGAAAUGGUCUCACACCCUCGUUGGCUGGACUGGUGAGGUAGAACCAGCCCAAGAGACGACGGCACCUCUGCAACAGAUCCCUAUCAACACCAGUGCCAAAUUCCCUACGGCCGUAAACGGGUCCACCAUACCUUUGAACAAAGCAGCAGCUCCAGUGCCCGUCGAUGCUAACCAACGGCUGCCAAGUCACCCUCUCCUGGAAGGACUCCGGGUAGGGCAAGCCGAUCGAGAUCAACUCGAUAGGCAAAUGAGCUCCACUCGCUAUGGUAAAAUCGCCCCUGUGUGGCUGUCGGCUGAGUCGGAUGUCCCCGAAGAACCCAUCCUCUUGGAAGACCAAGGACGGUGGAGACGUUAUGCCGAGAGGGAAUUAUACCCCCUACUUCAUUACAAGCAGCAUGGUCCUACGGAUGGAAGGUCAGAGCGCACGUGGUGGGCCGACUAUGUCCGUAUGAACCGGCUUUUUGCGGAUCGUAUUGUGAAGGAAUACAAGGAGGGUGACAUUGUCUGGAUUCAUGACUAUCAUCUUUUCCUUCUGCCGAGCAUGUUACGCCAGCGCAUCCCUAACGUCUACAUCGGAUUCUUCUUACACGCACCAUUCCCUAGCAGCGAAUUCAUGCGCUGUCUCGCCAAGAGAAAGGAGGUGCUCACUGGAGUCCUCGGUGCGAAUAUGAUCGGUUUCCAAACCUUCUCCUAUUCCCGUCAUUUUUCGUCCUGCUGUACCCGUGUCUUGGGAUUCGACUCUAAUUCAGCUGGAGUCGACGCAUACGGUGCCCAUGUGGCUGUUGACGUGUUUCCCAUCGGUAUCGAUACCAGUGCUAUUCAACGAGCAGCCUUUGACUCCACCGAGAUAGAACAAGCGGUGUUGGGAAUUCGCAAGCUGUACGCCGGCAAAAAAAUCAUUGUUGGUCGCGAUCGAUUGGACAGUGUCCGAGGUGUAGCACAGAAGCUGCAAUCCUUCGAAGUCUUUCUCGAAAAGUACCCGGAAUGGCGUGAUAAGGUGGUUUUGAUCCAGGUGACCAGCCCCACUAGCGUCGACGAGCAGAAGGAAGAAAACAAGAUUGCUAGCCAGAUCUCGAAUCUAGUCUCUACCAUCAAUGGGCGAUUCGGAUCUCUGAGCUUUUCACCCGUCAAAUAUUAUCCGCAGUACCUUUCCCCGCACGAGUAUUUUGCAUUGCUGCGAGUGGCCGACGUGGGCCUGAUCACGACGGUUCGGGAUGGGAUGAAUACGACCAGUCUUGAAUAUAUCAUCUGCCAGCAGAACAACAAUGGCCCUUUGAUACUAUCUGAGUUCUCAGGUACUGCGGGAACACUCUCCAAUGCAAUUCAUAUUAACCCAUGGGAUACGGUGGGAGUUGCGGGCGCGAUCAAUAAAGCUCUCUGCAUGUCCCCUGAGGAGAAAGCAUCACAACAGCAGAGACUAUACAAGCAUGUCACUGCCAACACCGUCUCGGCCUGGUCUAAGCAAUUCCUCACCCGUCUGCUCACGAAUUUAUCUUCCUUUGAUCAGUCAGUGGCAACGCCAGCUCUCGAUAGACUCAAACUAUUGAAGCAGUAUCGCAGAGCUCGUAAGAGGUUGUUCAUGUUCGAUUAUGAUGGGACCCUUACUCCGAUUGUGAAGGACCCACAAGCAGCUAUUCCAUCUGACCGCGUUCUCCGCACUCUCAAGACUCUCGCGGCCGAUCCACGGAAUGCAGUAUGGAUCAUCAGUGGCCGUGAUCAGGCUUUCUUGGAUGAGUGGAUGGGCCAUAUUCCUGAAUUAGGUCUAAGUGCCGAGCAUGGAUGUUUUAUUAGGAAGCCUCAUUCCGACGACUGGGAAAAUCUGGCCGAGCGAAGCAACAUGGGUUGGCAAAAGGAGGUCAUGGAAACAUUCCAACACUUCACUGAACGAACUCAAGGCUCCUUCAUAGAAAGAAAGCGGGUCGCUCUCACGUGGCACUACCGGCGCGCCGAUCCUGAAUAUGGUGCAUUCCAAGCUCGCGAGUGCCGGAAGGCGCUUGAAGAUACCGUAGCCAAGCGGUGGGAAGUGGAAGUUAUGUCUGGUAAGGCCAACUUGGAGGUCCGGCCGACUUUUGUGAACAAGGGCUUCAUUGCCACUCGCUUGGUCAACGAGUACGGAAAUGAGCCAGGAGAUGCACCCGAGUUUAUCUUCUGCUCAGGAGACGAUUUCACAGAUGAAGACAUGUUUCGUGCACUGCAGGGAUUCGACUUGCCACAAGAUCACGUUUACUCCGUCACUGUUGGGGCAAGCUCAAAGCAGACAGCCGCCAGCUGGCAUCUUCUCGAACCAGCGGAUGUGAUUGAAACGAUCUCGAUGUUGAACAACAGCUCUUGCUCUCAAGACUACUAAAACACUCCACGCGCCUUUCAUGACCGGGAUGCAGCCCCACAUUUUCUUCCCCUAUUAUUAUUUUUCAUUUCAUCUAGACUUUAGCUUCGCUUUCAUGCUUAUAUAACUCCAUGUUUCGUCCCGGGGCGUUGAUGCGGGGCAGCGAUGGUGAUUGAUUUGUUAGAGCUCAAGGCGAUUGGGAAGAGGGCGCUCUUCAGCCAUUGAGAGGAACUUUCUCGAGUUCUUCUUCUGCGGCAUCUCUGACAGAGGGCCCGUUUUCUCUUCGCUUUCGAAUCUAAUAGCCGUUGAUACUAUUUCCUUCUUGAACUGCUUUAUAGAUGGCCAAAGCGAAGAUGACGCGCUGCCCCUUCAUAUCCUUCUAUCGUUGUCUAAAAGUAUCGUGCGCUCCGAAGAAUUUAGAGAGAACACAGAAUGCAGUCUUAAAAACCAUUA